AUGGCCGGAGGAUGGGGCGUCCUGCUGGCCCUGCUGGCCCUGCAGGGCACGGGGGCUGUGAAGGUUGGGAAUGUGAUGCUCCAGGUUGACUUGUACCAGCGGGCCGAGUCGCUGCAGCAGGAGGGCGGGCAGUACCUGUUCAGCUUCGACGGGGACGAGAUGUUCCACGUGGACCUGCAGAAGAUGGAGACCCGCUGGCGCCUCCCCGAGUUCGGGCAGUUCACCAGCUUCAAGGCCCAGGCAGCCAUGCAGCACAUGGCCGCCGAGAAGCAGCACAUGGAGCUCUUGAUGCUGAGGAGUAACCGCUCCCAGGGGACCAUCGAGCCACCUGAGGUCACAGUCUUCUCUGAGGACCCUGUGGAGCUGGGUGACCCCAACGUUCUCAUCUGCUACGUGGACAAGUUCUGGCCAUCCGUGAUCAACAUCACGUGGCUGAAGAACGGGCAGGAGGUGGUGGACGGCGUCUUCGAGACCGUUUACUACCUACGGGAGGAUGACACCUUCCGCAAGUUCUCCUACCUGCCCUUCGUGCCCACGCGGGGCGACUACUACGACUGCCGGGUGGAGCACUGGGGGCUGCCCAAGGCCCUGCUCAAGCACUGGGAGCCCCAGGUGCCGCUGCCCGUGUCCGAGAGCACCGAGACGCUGGUGUGCGCCCUGGGCCUGGCCGUGGGCAUCGUGGGCAUCAUCGCGGGCACCGUCCUCAUCAUCAAGGCCAUGAAGAUGAACAGCGGCCGCAACGCGCGGGGCCCCCUGUGAGCGGGCAGAGCCCUCGGCUCCCUGCCCGCCCCACGGCCGGACGCGUGCGCCCCUCGCUGUGCCGUGCUGGGAGCCGCUCAUCCCAGCGUGCCCAGCGUGUGACGUGCACCCCGCUAGACCCUGUCAGUGCCUCCCUCGCCCGUGACCUCUACGUGUCGACCCGA